UCGCAUUCUAGUCUCUGAACAAAAGAAUUGAUCAUCGACAUCCACUUCGCUUUCCUCUUCCCAUUUCAAACACUUUCCUCCUCUCAAUCAGGGAGCCAUUCUGCUCUGAGUACAACAUGAAGCCCCAAAGAUUUCUUCUCCUCAGCUCCAUCUUCCUUGCCAUCUUAUUCUUCUUCAACACAAGCCCUGUGACAUCUUGUUCACAAGGUGAGGACGAGAGGGAGUUCAGCUAUGUGAGAGGGAGCAAGAGAGGGCCCGAGCACUGGGGUGAGCUCAAAAAUAGUUGGUCAGCUUGUGGGACGGGCAAGCUCCAGUCACCGAUCGACUUGUCUGACGAGAGGGUGCGGGUGCUUCCCCAGUUGGGUGAGCUACGGAGUUCCUAUCACCCUGCCAAUGCUGUCAUGAAGAACCGUGGACAUGACAUUGAGAUCGAAUGGAAAAAUCAGACAGGGGGGAUAUGGAUAAAUGGAACCAAAUACGUUCUCCAACAAUUGCAUUGGCACUUACCAUCAGAGCAUACCAUCAAUGGGCGCAGAUACUCACUUGAGUUGCACAUGGUUCAUCAAACCGCUGACAACAAGACAGCCGUGGUCGGUAUUUUGUACAAAAUUGGCCGCCCUGAUCCAUUCCUUGCCAAGAUGGAGGACUACCUUAAGAAAGUGGAAGACCUGGCAGAAUUGGAGGAGGAGAAGUUGGGCAUGGUGGAUCCAAGGGACGUAAGAAAAGGGAGCAGUGAGUAUUAUAGAUACAUGGGUUCCCUGACUGCUCCUCCUUGCACUGAAGGAGUCGUGUGGAUCAUCAUUAGAAAGGUGCGAACGGUUACGCAGCAGCAAGUGAACUUACUGAGAGAAGCUGUCCAUGAUGAUGUGGGGAUGAAUGCAAGACCUCUACAGCCGAUUAACAAUAGGAGUGUUGGCUUGUAUCGACCUUGAAGGAUUCGAUCUUGAUUCGACGUAUGUUACUUGAAAGUUAGUGUAUUGUGGAGGAUAGCAUGGCGUACUUGGACUCAUCACAGCAGCUGCUGAUCCGGUGGUUUGAUGUGGCAAUAGAUCAUAUUGUUUGAUGUGGCAAUAAAUCAAUUUGUUUGAUAGGGCAGUAGAAUCCAUUUCAUCCUGCUGCUUUGGGCACUUUAGAUGAUAUCACACUAGUUAGGUUUCUGGACAUGUAUUACAGUUUCUUUUUGAUGUAGGCCCAAGCUGCAUGCGUUUAAUUCAUGUAUAUCUCUUAUUCGUUUUGAUAUUACAUUAGGAAUGCUUGCUCCCUAACGUAAGUAAAAUCGCUACUCAUAAUUACCUUCC